AUGCGUGCGACCCGCGGCCAUGUGAGUCCUAAUAAGGGUCUUGCAGCGGGGUAUGCGGAGGAUGAUGCUGCUGAGCGGGCAGCAGAUCAAUUGAGUGCCUGGGAUGCCAAUACACGGCGCUUUGCACUCCAAAGCCUGGGACUCCUGGGGCCCAAAGCCUCGGAUCACCUGCCGGAGAUGGCGAAACUGCUGGAGGAUGAGGAGCCGGAGGUUCGCAAGGCUGCCGCCCAAGCCUGUGGCCGCGUGGGUGGUGGGGCCCGGGAUUUGGCCAUGGCUCUGAAGGAUGCAGAGGCUGCUGUGCGGAGCGAAGCAGCCACAGCGCUGGGGCGAUUAGGAUCGCAGGCCAAGCCACAGCUUGAACGCAUUGUAGCUUUAGCCAAGGAUCCAGAUCAAGACGCCGCUGCUGCAGCCGUCACCUGCCUUGCAAAUAUUGGCGAGGCUCAAGCGUUGGCGGCUUUCAUGGACAGCCCCUUCCCCACGGUCGUUCGCGCAGCUGUGAUGGAGAUGGGCCGCUGCUCCAUUGCACGCCAAAAGAACGCGAGAUGCUUGAGCAGCUCGCUGACACACCAGGAUGCUUCUGUGCGCUUGGCAGCCGCGCAGGCUUGCGGGGAGCUCGGCAGCGACUGCGGCCAGGAACAUUUGAGUGCCCUUUCCAUGCGAACGACUGAUCCACAGGCCAAAGUGCGGCGUGCUGCGAUACAGGCCCUUGGCCGGAUUGGUCCUGCAGGUGCUGUGGAGAUACCAGCCUUUUUCAGAGACCAGGACGAUGGCAUUCGCCACUUUGCUGCAGAAACACUGGGUGCUGCCGGCGAUGAGGCUGCUGCUGCCGUCUGUGCCGAGCAGCUGAAGACGGCUGGACCUGAUGUGAAGCGAUCAGCCUUGUUGGCACUGGGUCGCAUGAAACUUGUGGCCUGGGCGCCUCAGGUCGCUGGCUGUUUGCACGACAGCGAUCUUGCAACACGCUUGGCAGCCAUUCAGGCCUUAAGCGACCUGAAAGCAGAGGAGCAUGCCGAGGAACUCGAGGCAUUGGCAGUGGAUGGAAACAAGGGUGUGCGCCAGGCUGCCGUUGCAGCCCUGGCAAAGAUGGGUAGUUCUGGAGCACGUUGGGCUACCAGCUUUUUGGAGGAUGAGGAUCCAGCGGUUCGACAAUCCGCAGUGCGAGUCUACAGCCCCCUGCACUCCAAGUUGAAGGCUUCUUUGGCAAAACCAUACGCGGAGAUGGUGGCUCGACGGUUGUUGGACGAGGACUGGCGGGUGCGCUUGGCGGCCGUGGUGGCCCUGGGCGAUCUGGAUGCCCAGAGCUACGUGGAGCAGCUUGGGGCCUUGAAAGGCGAUCCAGACAACCAGGACUUCGAGGUGCGCCGUCGUGCGGCCUUUGGGGAGUGGCUCGAAGGCUUCAAAGCACGCCUGGCCACGGAGCGGCGCAAGGCCACCUCCUCGCAGCUCUUGGUGGCACAGGUGAAGGCCCAAAUCCGAGAGCGUGCUGAGUUGGACGAGGAUGUCAGCAAACGCAUCAGCAAGUUCGCUGCACGGGAGCUUUCUCGUACAGAAGACUGGUGUACAGAAGAUCGUGCAGAUGCUGACUUCUUGUCCUCGGUGCAGCUUGAAUGUGCCAAGCAACUGGCUGAAGCUAGUAGUUCCUUUCGGGUCCUGUUGGAGAACAGCGAGAACUUCAAGGACAUGGAAACCUUGAGCAGGGACGGCUUCAAAACCAUCGCUCUCGCGGAGCAAACAGUCAGAGAUGCAGAGGCCAAGCACACAGACUGCAUUGCAGCUUGGGGAAAGCAUGAAUCGCUGUGCCGGCAGCAGUUGGGCUCCAGAGACCUGACCGGACUCUGGAAAUCGGAAGCAUCGUACCGGAAGAGCGUGGCCAAGUUUGCGGAUGCCGCAGAUGCCGCGCACCAGAAGGCCGCAGGCUUGGCGCGACAACUGAGAGAGGAGGCCGAACGAUUCCGGGCUCUCACCAAGAGUGUGUUGUCCGAUGUGGCUGCUUGCACCGCGGCCAGCUACAACACACUGGCCAGAACGGCCAACGAGGCCAGCCCGUAUCGGCAGCAAGCGAUGGAGACGCGGGUGCCGUCAAUCCCGCAUUGGCAGCGCCCAGUUCCGCCAGCAUCAGCACUGACUUUGAGAGAAUGCCCUGCCGAAAGACAGGCAGGGCUUCUGCGACAUUGGCAGAGCUGCCACUUGCUUUUGACCAAAGAAGGCUCUGUGCAUUGUUAUGAUGGUGCUGAUACUGCAAGGACUUCUCCUGUUUGGUCAGGGCGACCCAGCCAUGAAGGUGGGUCUUUGUCAGUAGACCCAGCUGCUCAGACACUGACCCUCUAUCCUGCACGAGAGUGGUUGAAACAGCGCUGGAGCCUCACAGUUCGGCUCCCCAGCGAGGAGCAGGGUUCGCCGCGGCGAAGUCAACAGGUCGUGUCAAGCUCAGAACUUGUUGGUCGACUAAUUUGA